UUUGUUUAUUAACGGCAAAAAAGAGCUGAAUAUACCCUGGUUCAAUAUGAAAACAGAGUAUUUCACUUAAUGACAGCCGCUGUCACAGGCAGCAGCAAUUAUUAGAGAAAUUAAAAAAUUAUGUCUCAGGUACGAUCGGGGCUUUACCUUUCCAAGGAGCAGUCAAAGCGUCAGCCGAAGCAACAGGCGCCCAAAGGUUGCUGCUGCAAGCGCUCGCAAUGCAUCAAGAACUACUGCGAUUGCUAUCAGUCCAUGGCGAUUUGUUCCAUUUACUGCAAAUGCAUUGGCUGUCGCAAUACUGAGGAGCGUCUGGCGGUAGCGACGCCGCCCAAGAAAACGGCGCUGGCCACCAAGCGGGAACGUGCCGCAGCUCUCAGUGCCAAAGCAGCGGCUGCGGCGGCCAAGGCGGGCAUCAACAUCCAUUUGAAGCCGGCGCCUGGCUCUGCUGCUUUUAACGGUCAGCAAUUUGGGGCUGGUGCUCAGGCACCCGCUGCCGCAACGCCGGCGCAAAUACUGCAGCUGCCCGACUUGGAUCUAGAGAAUAUCAUCACGUUGCCGCCACCCAAUGCGGCUACUGCUACUGCAACUAAGAAGCUACCGCCUGCCCCAGUACAAGGACAAUCGCUGUUUUUCACCAGCCAACCUUUGACGCCACCCAAGGAGGUAAAUGUGUGCAAGCAGCCAGUAAAUGUGGCGCUGCUCGAGUGCAUCCUGGUGCAGGCCGCCGAGGCCGAGGAACUGGGCCUCAACGAGGUGCAGGUGGGCAAGUUAAUACUUCACGAGUUCGCGCGCGGCCUGCAGGCCAUUAUAAAGGUCUAUGAUGUUUGAAAAAUAGAU